AUGGAUAUCAAUACUAUCGCUGGUAUUAUCGGCGGAAUCGGUAAUAUGCUACAAAAUACCGUUGAAACAGUAAACGUUCCAUCACGUAAAAUUAUGGGACGUUGGUUUCAGAUGUAUAAAGCUGCUGUCAACUUCGAUGUCUAUCGAACCGAAAUGUUCUGUCCAGUUGCUUACUUUAAACCAAAUUCGGUGAUGGGCGAGGAUGGUUUUUCAAUGGAAGAAGCUUACAAAAUUGUUUCAAAAAAUGGUCCAGUCGAAACAUAUAAACGUGAUCUAAAUAAAGUAGGACCAGGCCAAUACUGGAUGUAUACCGAGGAAUAUUUUUAUCCGCGGCAAUUUUAUAUCGUUCAAGUAGGACCAAAUUAUUCCAACGAAACUGAAGAGGAUAACGCUGAUGAUACACCAUACGAAUAUAUGGUUGUUACCGAUGCAAAUCGACUUGCAUUAAUGGUUUUUGCAAGAGAUCCUGCUAUUUUUUAUCAAAAAUACAACAAAGAAGUAGCUGCUUUUCUUGAAAAGUCCGGAUUUGGUGGAAGAGUAUUUUGGAAUUCGCCAAGACCAAUUUAUCAGGGUCCUGAUUGCAAUUGGCCAACGGAGAAAGAAGUUUUUGCAAGACGGUAA